AUGGGUGGGGGCGGGCCAGAUAUCUGGCGGGAAAGGCUGGGCCAGAAAGUUUAUCCCUCAAGCCGGGGCGGGGCCAGAGCGGUUUCUAGGAUGUCGGGGGCGUGGCCCUGGCAUUCCCAGCCAGAUUGAGGCUGGAGAUUUGUGCAGAGAAUCUGGGGCGGGCCUGGGAAGUUUUGACCUUGUUGCUGGUGGAGUAUUCACUGGGGCAAAAAGUCAGUUCCAGGAAGCCUCGCCAGAACUCUCAGUGCUGCAUCCAGAUUCUGCAGGAGAGGUUUGCUGUGACGUUGGGCCUACCCAGCCAGCCAAAUGGCAGCCGCACUCGAUUUGAAAUCAAAGGAGGAGAAGGAUGCUGAGUUGGACAAGAGGAUCGAGGCUCUUCGGCGGAAGAAUGAGGCCCUCAUCCGGCGCUACCAGGAGAUUGAGGAGGACCGUAAAAAAGCUGAACUUGAGGGAGUCGCGGUCACAGCUCCCCGGAAGGGCCGCUCAGGGGAGAAAGAGAACAUGGCGUUGGAGGCGGAGAAGAACCUGGGUCCUUCCCGGAGGUCUCCUGGGACCCCUCGGCCCCCAGGGGCCAGCAAGGGGGGCCGGACUCCUCCACAGCAGGGAGGCCGCACCAGCAUGGGCCAGGCAUCCCGCAGCUGGGAGGGCAGUCCUGGGGAGCAGCCUCGAGGAGGAGCCAGGGGCCGUGGCCGGAGGGGCCGGGGCCGCGGGUCCCCUCACCUCUCUGGAGACACGUCCGCUUCUGACCGUAAAUCCAAGGAGUGGGAGGAGCGGCGCAGGCAGAACAUUGAGAAGAUGAACGAGGAGAUGGAGAAGAUUGCAGAAUACGAGCGCAACCAGCGGGAAGGGGUGCUCGAGCCCAACCCUGUGCGGAACUUCCUGGAUGACCCCCGGCGACGCAGCGGGCCCCUGGAGGAGCCUGAGCGGGACCGCCGGGAGGACAGCCGCCGGCAUGGGCGCAACUGGGGGGGCUCCGACUUCGAGCGGGUGCGCUGUGGCCUCGAGCAUGAGCGGCAGGGCCGCCGAGCUGGCCUGGGCAGUACUGGAGAUAUGACGCUGUCCAUGACGGGCCGGGAGCGGUCAGAGUACCUGCGCUGGAAGCAGGAGAGGGAGAAGAUCGACCAGGAGCGGCUGCAGAGACACCGCAAGCCCACUGGCCAGUGGCGGCGCGAGUGGGAUGCCGAGAAGACCGAUGGGAUGUUCAAGGACGGCCCGGUCCCUGCUCGAGAACCAUCCCACCGCUAUGAUGACCAGGCCUGGGCCCGGCCCCCGAAGCCCCCUACUUUUGGGGAGUUCCUGUCCCAGCACAAAGCCGAGGCUAGCAGCCGCAGGAGGAGAAAGAGCAGCCGGCCCCAGGCCAAGUCAGCGCCCUGGGCCUACAGUGACCAUGAUGACCGCUGGGAGACAAAAGAGAGGGCAGCAUCUCCAGCCCCUGAGGCUCCACAGCCCACUCCCCUUGUGGAGACACCCACGCAGCCACCCGAGACCCCAGCACCUGCCCACCAGCCUCCCGAAGACGAGGGGGAAGAGAAUGAGAAUGAGGGGGAAGAGGAUGAAGAAUGGGAGGACAUAAGUGAGGACGAGGAGGAGAUUGGGGUGGAAGAAGGAGGUGACGAGGAGGAACCAGCCGAAGACCACGAAGCUCCUGUGGCAGCCAGCCCCACCCAGAGCCCCUGCAGUGAGCAGGCCCAUGGAGCCCCCUUCAGGCCGGAGGAGCCCCUGCUGGAGCCCCAGGACCCUGCCACACCUUCCAGCCCUUUCUCGCCACCCAGCGGCCACCAGCCUGUGUCCGAUUGGGGUGAAGAGGUGGAGCUGAACUCUCCCCGGACCGCCCACCCGGCUGGCGCCCUUUCUCCGGGUGAGGCCUGGCCUUUUGGGAAUGCAUGAAGCUGUCUGCCUGUGUGUGAAUGAGUGCGCUGGAGGGGUGUGGCUGGUGGGGACCCUCGGGCUGGGCCCCAGGACCCAGUGUGCCCCACAGCCCUGUCGGCUGGGGAGGGCAGCCCAUGCCCCUCUGUAUUGUCGUGCCCAUCUCUGGAAUGCCCAUUCCAGGAGCCUGCCCCAGCCCCUUAAACCCCCUUCCCAAUAAAGAAUUCACAUCCUCAAAU